AUUUUCACGUUCUCCUUUUCAGCGCGCGUGAUAUCGAUUGAAUUGUGGUGUGAAUAACUAGUGGCGCUUCCAAUCCGUCUGCAUGGGCGAGCGAGGGUGGUUUUAAGUGUACUAUGCUGAAAAGGCAUCCUUUCCUGCACCUGUACCAUGGAGUAUGAGUACAUGCUAAUGAGAAACGAAAAGGAAACGCAAAACCGCUGCUGCGGCGGUCGGGUUUGGUGCGUACAGGAUAUUUGCGGGAUUAUAUGCGCACUUCUAACAUGGAGUCUAAUUUUGUACGCUGAGUUUGUCGUAACAAUGGUGAUCCUGGUACCGAAUCCUUACAAAGCAUAUCGGUAUAUAAAUUUUAUUAUUUUCAACACGGGUUCGUUCCUCGCUUUCGCAUCACACCUACGAACAAUGCUGUCUGACCCGGGUGCUGUUCCUAAAGGCAAUGCGACCAAGGAAAUGAUCCAGCAGCUUGGCUAUCAAGAAGGACAGGUGUUCUUCAAAUGUCCUAAAUGCUGCAGUAUUAAACCAGAGCGAGCUCAUCACUGUUCAGUAUGUCAACGAUGCAUUCGCAAGAUGGAUCAUCAUUGUCCGUGGAUAAAUAACUGCGUCGGGGAGAACAAUCAAAAAUUUUUCGUACUUUUUACGUUUUACAUCGCUCUAAUUUCCAUCCAUUCGAUUUUUCUGGCUGUAAAUCAAUUUAUUCUCUGCAUCAAAAACGAAUGGCGGGAGUGUUCGAAUUAUUCUCCGCCGGCAACGGUGAUUCUGCUGCUCUUCCUGAUAUUGGAAGCACUGCUAUUUGCUGUGUUCACGAUGAUCAUGCUUGGAACGCAGUUAAAUGCAAUCUGGACCGACGAAACGGGCAUAGAGCAACUUAAGAAGGAAGAAGCACGCUGGGUGAAAAAAUCCCGUUGGAAAAGCUUUCAGGCGGUGUUUGGUCAUUUCUCUCUGGCUUGGUUUUCACCAUUUACGCAACCGCUUAAAGCAAAGCAUGAAAAUUAUUUAUAUUCAGUCUAAUAAAAACAAAACAAGAUUUACUUAAU